AUGACUUACAUGAUUAGUAAAAUACACCAAGUUCCUUUAUUAGUACAACCCGCUUUAACUUGUCAAAAUAAUAUUGUAAAAUAUAUUGUAACAAUUCUUUUGAUUUUGGUGAUAUGGCUUGUCAUGAAAUACGUACUUUUGAUUAUGACAACAUUUCAAGAAUCUGAAUCGGAAGAAUUAUUAGAUGACAGCAAUGGUCCUGAUGGUAUAGAAAACUUUAAUCAAUUUGAUCAAAUGGAAGAAAUUACUUCUAGCCUCUCCACUGAUUACGCUUAUAAUCACCAAUACAUUAAUCGUGCCAAUCAUUUUAAUUAUGUCGAUAAUAAUGAAAUUGUGGAAUUAUUUGGUGCAGAAUCUGAUGUGAAUACAAUUGUAUCUGAUACUGAAAAUUUUUAUGAUACGGGUAUGGAAUCUGAUAAUGACACAAUAAUGUCUGAUACUGAAUAUGAAGAUUUUUAUAACACGGACAUGGAAUCUGAUAACGAUACAGUAAUGUCCGAUAUUGAGGAUUUUGAUGAUUUAAAUUAUGGCGCAGAAGCAUCUGACCAUACGAUAAUAACUGAUUGUGAUGAUGUAAAACCUGAUAGACCAUUUAGAAGACGACGACAUUGUUCAAGAAAUAACAAACAAGCAUCAUCACUUGAUCAACAACAGCCUGUAUUUUUACCGAUUUCUCGUAUUUUUGACAUUUUCCAAAGGAACAGAGUAAAGUCACCGGAUGAUGGUGUUCCUUGUAGAUACAUAAUAAAUCAAAACGGAGUGCCGUUUAAAUUGAAAUUAACAGACAAAGAUGCAGAAAUGGCUAGAUGUGCAGCAUUGGAAAAUUAUGAACGGUAUCGUCCAAGAAUCGGAUCGCCGUUGUCAACAGAGAGAACUAUCGAAUUUAAUGCUGGUAAUGAAGUAAAUGUUACUUCUUUGAGGUUCCUACAGUCACCUGGUCUAAAUACCAACAAAAAAGGCGCAGAGCCUCAAACUAGCAUAAUCAAGGCUGUUAAUAAUCGUAAUAAUCGAUGUAAAAAUAAACAAAAAUAUAAAAUGGUUUCCUAA